AGGACUCCCAGCCUCCUUCCAGGUCUCCUCGGCCGUCCGAUCAGCCAAGUGGCCGCCAUGCGCCUGCACUGGGCCGCCCUCCCCGGCGGCCUGGCCUGGGGGCCCAUCGUGAUGGCGCUCUAUGGGCUCCUGGCAGCGCCCCAGCCCCGACUGGUGCCACCCUACCCCUCGGAGAACCAGACUUGCCAGGAGCAGAACAAAGAGUACUACCACACCAGUCAUGGGGUCUGCUGCUCCAGCUGCCCCCCAGGCACCUAUAUCAGCACUGAGUGCACCCGCAGUCGGGACACAGAUUGCUCCCCGUGCGCCCCGAAUUCUUACAACAAGUACUGGAACUACCUCACCAAAUGCCAGCUGUGCCGCCCGUGUGACCUGGUGAUGGGCUUCGAGGAGGUGAAGCCUUGCACCAGGACCCAGGAGACACAGUGCCUCUGUCAGCCAGGAAUGUACUGCUGGGAUCCCACGUGUUCAUACUGCGAAUCACUCUCAGUCUGCCCACCUGGCACUGAAGUUGAGCCCAAAGAUGGAAACAGAGGGACAGACAACAACUGUGUACCCUGCAAGGCAGGACACUUCCAGAACACCUCCUCCCCCAGCGCCCGCUGCAAGCCCCACACCAGGUGUGAGGACCAGGGCCUGGUGCAGGCAGCUCCAGGAACCACCCAGAAUGACACUAGUUGCAGCCAUCCCACAGGGCGGCCCCCAGAGAUGCCAGGAACUCUGUCUGUGCUGGCCGUGCUGCUGCCCCUGGUCUCCCUCUCUGUCCUCGCCCUCGGCGUCGCCUGCACCUGGAAGAACCACCCCACUCUCUGCCGGAAGCUGGGCUCCCUGCUCAAGAGGCAUCCAGAGGGAGCAGACAAUGGUGAUGUCAGCUGGGAGCCUCUACCCACCAACCCCCCUGGCCUUGACAUGGUAGAGCCACUUCUGCCCAACGUGGAAGACUUGCCCCCAGGCCUCACCGGAUGCCCACUCACCCCAGUGCUGGAGAACGAGGUUCUGCAACAGGAGAACCCUCCGAGUCUGCCCAUGGUGCCUGAGGCGGAGCUAGGGGAGCAGAGUCCGGUGGCCAACGGCCCCAACGGUAUCCACGUCGCUGGAGGGUGUAUGGCGGUCACUGGCAACAUCUACAUCUACAAUGGGCCCGUAAUAGGGGACACCCGAGGCCCUGGAGAUCCCCCGGCACGGGCACCUCCGGAGCCUCCAUAUCCCAUCCCAGAAGAGGGUGUCCCUGGCUCACCCAGCCUGGCUACCCCCCACCAGGAGGAUGGCAAAGCUUGGCACCUGGCUGAGACAGAGACACUGGGGGGAUGCGCUCUCUGAUGGGGUCUGGGGGCCCGUUCUUCACUCAUGCUUGAUGGUGUCUGCAAAAGUAAGAAGGGAGACUCCGGGAACCUUGUCCCCUGAGGCCUGCUCCCCACCCUACACACACACACACACACACACACACACACACACACACACACACACACACACAGGGGUCCUAUCUGCAGGGCUAGGCAUCAGGCCCUCUGGAGAGCAGGGCCGGAUUUUGGCUGGGAACAGUGACCUGCGCAGGACUCAGACACCACCUGGCAGACCUGGACCCUCCUGCAGGCCCACCUGCCCACUGGGCUGCACCAGCUCAGCUUCAGGCCCGGACAGGGCAGAUGUGCCAACUGCUGCCACACAGCACCCUGAACCUGAGCAUGGAGACCAGCAGGGUCACUUCCCAGGACCUCCAACGGGCUGGUGGUGCUUAACCCCACGCUUCAGAGGCCCUCGAGGGCCCACGCUGCACGUGAGCCGAGGUACCCCCGGAUGUGGAGAGCAGGGUGUAUGGGGGGCCUUCAAUGCUGCCUCCUUGAAGAGGAAAGGGAGUUGUUAAAAACUAGGGGUUUGGGUAGGGGUGCUGGGGAGAGUUUUGUAAGGGGGGUGUAUUUAUACAUUGUAACCACGUGCCAAUAAAGUGGAGCUUGUGACCCUGA